UGAAACGAUAAAACAAUCAAAAUUUAUUUUCAAUAUUUAAAACAUAUUGUUUGUAGUUUUAAAACUAAUUUAAUAUAUCAUUAUGAACUAAUUUCUGUAUAACUUGCUGGUGUGGUGAUCGUCUGGCGCAAAGGGUGGCAACCAAGCGCAUUGUAAUUAUUGUUUGUAUAGUGUGUACUCAUUGGUCCGCUUGCCGGUGAGUUUCGUUGUGGUUUGUUUCACUUGUUUUGUUCGAUUGCUUGUUGCGGACAAAACUGCAAACAUGGCCGAUGACGAGCAGGACGACCAAAAGGAGUACCGUUGGGAGACAGGUUACGAGAAGACAUGGGAGGCUAUAAAGGACGACGAAGACGGCCAGCUGGAUGGAGCCAUCGCCGAGAUCAUCCAGAAGGCCAAGCGCCAGCGACAAGCGCAAAAGACCAAACAGAACCGCCUUGGCAUGAUGCGCCACCUGUUUCUCGUUCUGGACUGCUCCGAGUCCAUGAGUGUGCCAGACCUUAAGCCCACGCGGCUGCGUUGUACCGUGAAGCUGUUGGAGCUGUUCAUAGAGGAGUUUUUCGACCAGAACCCCAUCAGCCAGCUGGGCAUCAUAGCCCUGAAGGCCAAGCGGGCCGAGAAAGUGACUGAGCUCACCGGCACCUCUCGGGUCCAUCUCAAGGCGCUGGAAAGCCUGGCCAACGUGUCCCUAACGAGCGAGCCCUCUUUGCAGAACGGUCUAGAUCUAGCGCUUAAAACCCUAAAGGUUGUCCCCUCGCAUGCCUCCCGCGAAAUCGUCAUUAUCAUGGGUUCGCUUACCACCUGCGAUCCCGUCGACAUAAAUCUUACUAUUGACGAACUGAAAAAAGAAGGUAUACGCUGUUCAGUCAUCUCACUGUCUGCGGAGAUUCACGUCGCCCGCUACCUCACGCAACAGACGAUGGGCACCUUCGGAGCUGUUCUGGAUGACGCCCAUUUCCGGGACCAGCUAAUGUCCCAGGUGGAUCCCCCGCCCGCGGCUAAGACACAGCACAACUCCCUGAUUCGCAUGGGCUUUCCGCACAGCAAAAACGAAGUGGAGGGUAAGGACGCGCCGCUGUCCAUGUGUAUGUGCCACAUAGAGAACCUAGAGGAGCCCAGCGAAUUGUGCACCACAGGUCACCAUUGUCCGCAAUGCAACAGCAAGUACUGCGAGCUACCCGUAGAGUGUCAAUCCUGCGGUCUUACUCUGGUAUCGGCGCCGCACCUCGCCCGAUCCUACCACCACCUAUUCCCGGUGCCAAACUUCGAGGAAAUGCCCUUCGAUGCGAUGCCGCCCCUCUCCUUGGAGCUUGGCGGCGGAAUCAAGGAGUGCUACGCCUGCGCAAAGGCGCUCGGCCAGGCCGCCGACAAGCUCGUCUUCAGAUGUGGCUUCUGCAAGCAGUUUUUCUGCGUCGACUGCGACAUCUUUAUCCACGAGACUCUGCACGCCUGUGUCGGAUGUAACACCAUUCCAGGUGUGGACGGCCUGGUCUACCAGCAGAAAGCCAAAUCCGAGCAAGAUGAUACGCACCCGGGGACCUCUAAGCAGCGCGGCCAGUUUGGCGUGUAACUGACUUUAUCUGGAUAGUUAUUUCUAACUCCAUAUACGCAUUUAGGGCAGAACCAAUACAGUUCAAUUCGUACCGGUG